UUGGGGUAUGUAUUGAGGUGUAGGGUUACAAGGGAGGAGUCUAUCUGAAAUUGGUGUAAUAUUAGACACGUGGGGAUAUCCUAGAUGAAAAUGUGGAAACUGAAAUAAGCUGCCUUGUAGUCUCGUUAUACUGUCAAACCUAUAGUUCUUAUCUGACAGCUUAAAUAAUGGAAUAUUAGAAAUUAAAGAGAAGAAAUUAAAUGGAAGUGACAACUAAAGAAUCACAAGCUGUAACUAGACUUUGGCUUAGUUAGGGACACAACGCUAAGCAAGACAGUGCAGAAAACCUAUAAAAAUAGUAACCUAAGUUAUGUUCCGAGAUAAAUGUAUUGGAAUACUAGUAAACGUUAAACAGCUAAACGAAACGAUGUCUACAAAACAGAUGUCAUAUUUUAUAUCUAAUCAGGAUUAUGUCAAAAUAAUAUAAGUUCUAUUAACACAAGAACGCAGGUGUGGAACUUAAUGAUAACCUAGGGAAUGACUUUACUAGAAACGUUCAUGAAUAUUGAUUUACUAAUUUUGUCUUAUAACACUAGUUCCUAUUUAAAAAAGUCCUUGGAUUUUGUAGUGAAAAUGUGACACGAAUCCUGCUCCCUUGGUCAAGUCAAAACCAGGCCAAGUUCAAACAUCUGCGCUUAAAUGGCUUAUUUAUACGUGGCGUCAGUCAAUAUAUUCCGGACUUUGAGAAAUCCUUUCUCCCAGCUCCUUCACUUGCGUUAAAUUCUCGACUGAAAAGGAAAGAGAGGGCUUGGGUCGAGCGAGUGACGUCGCACUGAGUCAGAUUAACCUUAUUAUCUAAUUAUCAAGUGACGUCACAAUUGCGUUGUUACGUUAGWUUUGACUCGCAUUCACCGUGCGCUAAAACAAUAGUUUCAAAAUGUUUGAAAAAAUUARUUUGAAGACGGUUCUGAUUGGAGGAGCUGUUAUUGGAGGACUAGCUACCGUAGGCUAUGUAACCUACAAGCUAUUCACUAUGAACAACGACSAAAAAAUGGUUGUYGAUGGGAAGUUUGGAGAAUUUGAUGUUUCGUCUGCMGAGAGAGAAAAGCGGGUYCUCAAGACAGCCCGUAAAAUGUCCAUKGUUGACCCUAAAUCRGCAAGCUGCGUGAUCUCAUCGGACCACAUGACUCGCGUUAACUGYACAAGAUUGAAGRAUUUUGAAGAAAAUMCCCAAGAGGAGAAUGGUGAGACUCAAAUCACCGAAAAGAGCGAUGAAACUGAACGUCAGAUGUCUUGUCAAGUAGAGAGAAACGAACCUACUGAAACCACACCUGAGACYGCAUCUGAAAACCUGGUACGCAAAGCAGAUGAUGAUGUUGAUGGUAAAGAAGAAGAAAUAAAGGAAGAAGAAAGUAAAGAAGAAAAAAAGAACGAAGGAGAAGARGAMAAAGAUGAAAGAACCAAARAAGAAGGAGRAGCCCAAAAGGAAACAGAAAAGGAACAACACAACGAAGCUCGUCAUCCAAUGGACACUGAGGCAGCGAGUGGCAGCCAUUCAACAAACCAGCCAAUGCCUGGAUUGUAUAUCCCAAGUGUUCUAAAGAACGUGAAGACAAUGCGGGAUUUAAUGCAAACCAUGGAAGCUCUGAGUAUCUUCUUAUUUGGCACUCAAAGAACUCAAGAGGAGCUGGACGAAGCAARAAGAGAACUUGGCUGGGUUUUCGACUUGGCCAAGGGAUUCUUUAUACAUAGAAUUCCUGAACUUGGUAUUCCUGGCCUUAGUGCUGAAAGGGAACCAGGAAUGUCUUCCCAUGAUGCAGUGGAAGAAUCUGCCAACUCUCUGCCAUUGGAGGAUGAAGAGGAAAUGCAGUCAGUGGAUUGAACAGGCCGUUCAGUGGAACAUUUAAAAUUCUACUUGAUUUUGUUAAAUUAAUAUUCUAUAGUCUUAACUUUGAAAUUCUAUGAUUUUAGAAUUGAGUGAACAACAUUUGUUGUGCAAAAAUACAUUACCAGUAACAUUUUCAUAUUGUAAAGAUAAAUUUAUUGACUUGUAAGUAAUAAAACAAGACACACUUUGUCUAUUGCUUCUGAACAGGUUUGCAGCACAGGGGUGAAUCAAAUGAUUUGUCUCUCUCAUAGUACGUUUUUUUAGGCAAUUGUUGCGUGUCCAACAACUUUUACACACGAUUUUUAGGCUCUGUUUCAUGUCUGAACUGUAAUAGCGGAGUAUGUAGAAUGUCGAGAAGACUCUGUAAUAGCAGGCUGUCCGUAAAUCUGGGGUUUCCGUAAUAGUAGAAUAUCUAUAAUAACGGGGUGUGUGUAAGAUGAGAAUUGACUGUAAUGUUCCUCCAUAGCAUGUUUUACAGCGAUAAUAUAAAGUUUAUAGUAUGACCGCCAUCUUGAU